CUUGAGUUGUGAAGUGAAACCAAUCCAUGGAAAAGCAGCAUCCAGCGCUGCACAACCCGACUCUUUUUUGUUGGUCAAUUCGAUCCAAGGAGACUCGAUGAGGUCAAGUAAACAAAUUUAAAACACGCCAAAUCAAAAGGAAUUUCCACGAAACCACGUAUGCUUGUUCUUGUUCAUCUUCUAUAGUAUAAGAUGAUGAAAGGUGGCAUUUGUAAUGGGCGUCUCAGCUGUGUGAUUUACUGAUUUGUCGGUGAGGUUAGCGGCCAUGGAUCACUUGCCACUGGUCGGCGCGGCGGCGGCGUCGGCGUCGUCGGCGCCGCAGGGGAAGGUGUUGGACGCGUACAAGAAGGCGCUGGCGACGGCGGCGUCGGUGGCGGCGUAUGCGGUGCUGGCGCGGACCAUGGCGCGGGAGCUGCUCCCCGACGAGGUCCGCGCCGCGGCGCGGUGGGGCGCGGCGUUCGUGCGGGCGCGGCUGCGCGGGGCGGAGAAGGAGCGGCACACGGUGGUGAUCCGGCGGCAGGUCGACGGCGGGUACAGCGAGAACCAGCUGUACGAGGCGGCGCGCGCGUACCUGGCCACCAAGAUCGACCCGCGCGCCCUGCGGCGGCUCAGCCUCGCGCGCUCCCGCUGCAAGGAGCCCGACGGGAGCAGCAGCUGGAGCACGCUGCUGUGCAUGGAGCCCGGCGACUCCACCACCGACGUCUUCGACGGCGUCGAGUUCAGGUGGACCUCCGUCGAGACCGGCGGCGACGACGGCGGCGGCAAGAAGAGCAAGGGCGGCGGCCACCGCGCCCCGCGCGAGUCGCUCGAGCUCAGCUUCGACGCCGAGCACACGGACACGGCGCUGGAGCGGUACGUCCCCUUCGUCAUGGCGACGGCGGAGCAGCUGCAGCGCCGGGACCGCGUGCUCCGGAUCUUCAUGAACGAGGUCCGCUCCUGGCACGGCUUCAACCACCACCACCCGGCCACGUUCGACACGCUCGCCAUGGACCCCGACCUCAAGAAGUCCAUCGUCGACGACCUCGACCGGUUCCUGAAGCGGAAGGAGUACUACCGCCGGAUCGGCAAGGCGUGGAAGCGCGGGUACCUCCUCUACGGCCCGCCGGGCACCGGCAAGUCCAGCCUCGUCGCCGCCAUGGCCAACUACCUCCGCUUCAACCUCUACGACCUCGACCUCUCCGAGGUGCGCGUCAACGUGGCGCUGCAGCGGCUGCUCAUCAGCAUGCCCAACAAGUCCCUCCUCGUCAUCGAGGACAUUGACUGCUGCUUCGACGCCAAGCCGAGGGACCGCCACAGGGCGGCGGCGGCGCUGGAACAGGCUGUCGACUUCGACUACACGUCCGACUCCGGCGGCGACGACUACGGCGCGCCGCCCAAACCGUACCGCCCGCCGGGGGCAGAGCUCCAGCAGCAGAAGCUGACGCUGUCCGGGCUGCUCAACUUCAUCGACGGGCUGUGGUCGACGAGCGGCGAGGAGCGCGUCAUCGUCUUCACCACCAACUACAGGGACCGCCUCGACCCGGCGCUGCUCCGGCCGGGCCGCAUGGACAUGCACGUCUACAUGGGCUACUGCGGCUGGGACGCCUUCAGGACGCUCGCCCACAACUACUUCCUCGUCGACGACCACCCGCUGUUCCCGGGGAUGCAGGAGCUGCUCGCCGAGGUGGAGGUGACGCCGGCCGAGGUGUCGGAGAUGCUGCUCCGCAGCGAGGACGCCGACGUCGCGCUGCGGCUGCUCAGGGAGUUCCUCCAUGGCAAGAAACGGAGGGCAAGAAAAGAGGCAGCGGAGAUCAAGAACGAGGAGGCAGUAGAAACUAAAAACGAAUAAUGCAGCUUAAUUAAUUAGCAAAUCUUCAGAAUUUGCAUCCCCUUUUGUCAUGAACCAUGAUCUGAGUGGCAUGAUCACGACAGUGCCCAUACUAGGCUUGCUAGUGAAAUAAUAAAAGGUGGGAACUUUUUGUCAUUUCUGACACGAAUCUCCCAUUCGAAUUCAUCACGGCUCUUGCUGAUUUUUUUUGCGAUGGCACGGGGUUUAUUUGCUGAUGUUGAGAGAGAGAGAGAGAGAGACGAUGCAAUCAUGCAAUGGCAUAGCUGGUGCAAGGAACAGAGUGCAGAUUGCAGAGCGUCCGGUGAUGAUGAACUGUCCUUUUAAUGUCAGA